GUGUGCUUGAUAAACGGAGAUGGGGGAGAAGGGUGAAAUUGCGGUGUCUAUCGCGGGGCUCCCACUGCGGUGCCUUGCAUGACAUUGCGCAAGGCCCAGUGCUGCAGCGACCCUCCCCGAGUCAUUCAUUCGGCAUCCAGGCCCGACCGAGUACGAAGUGUUCGAGUUGCGGAUACUAGACGGAGCUCAAGCGAUGAGCCACCAGCCGGCAUCGAGGAGCAGCAAGCAGCCGCAGGCGGUCCCGGAGUUGAGCACAUAUGCGCAUGUCCGGACCGAACAACUGGCGGGCUAUGUGCUGGCACGACAAACAGGGACAUGCAUACGGAACUUUGCAUGGUAGUCACGAUACCUUCAACAACUCGGUUCAAUAUAUCGAACCCCCGCUC